UAUAUAUAUAUAACCCUCAUUUCAACCAUCUCCAUACACAAACUAAGAAGAAUCACAAGAAGCUUUCUCUCAGUUUAGCCCCAGAAACUCAAGCCCACAAUAUAUAACCCAAUAUUCAUAUAUUUCACCACACAGUCACACACUUAACUAGUUUUCAAUUUUUUGCUACUCAAUUUCAUCUCUCAUUAAUUUGAAAUGGGUGUUGUGCGCAAGUGGGAGAGCAGAACGGAGGAGCUGGAGGCCUUCCGCCGCCAGCUGGUGGCCGCCGCCGGUAUCCACCGUAGAAAGGACGAUGAGGGAAGAAGAACCACCAAAACAGUCGUUGAUGAUGAAGAAGAAAGGGCCUUGCUCUGUGUCACUAGUGGUGUUUCCUAUUUGGGCCUUGCUCUCGUCAACCAUCUUUUGCUCUUGGGUUACUCUGUUCGUAUCAUCAUUCACAACCCAGAGGACAUAGAGAAACUGAGUGAAAUGGAGCCAUGUGGGACAUCAGAACAUAAUUUGGAAGUAGUAAUUGCAAACCUAACUGACAUUGAUAGCUUGGAGAAAGCAUUUGAGGGAUGUCGUGGCGUUUUUCACACCUCUGCAUUUACCGACCCUGCUGGUCUCUCUGGCUACACAAAAUCCAUGGCUGAGAUUGAAGUCAGAGUGGCAGAGAAUGUGAUGGAAGCAUGUGCUAGUACAUCUUCGGUUAAAAGAUGUGUGUUCACAUCAUCACUAUCAGCUUGUAUGUGGCAAAAUAAUGCACAAUCAGAAACCUCCCCUGUUAUUAACCAUGAAUCUUGGAGUUCUGAAUCAUUCUGCAUAGAAAAGAAGCUUUGGUAUGCAUUAGGCAAAUUGAGGGCAGAGAAGACUGCUUGGAGGAUAGCUAAUGAAAGGGGUUUGAAACUCACUAGCAUUUGUCCAGCUCUCAUCACAGGUCCUGAAUUUUAUCAAAGGAAUCCAACAGCAACAAUUGCUUACCUCAAAGGAGCUCAAGAAAUAUAUUCUAAUGGUUUGCUAGCAACAGUUGAUCUAAAGAAAGUGGUUGAAGCUCAUUCGUCUGUAUUCAAGGCAAUGAACAACAAUGCUUGUGGGAGAUACAUUUGCUUUGAUAAUGUGAUUGGUACACAGAGUGAGGCAGAGAAUUUGGCCAAGGAGAUUGGUAUGCCCAAAGAGAAAAUAUGUGGGGAUGAAUCUAACAAUUCAUUACAUAGAUUUGAACUGUCAAAUGAGAAGUUAUGCAGACUCAUGUCAAGGCCAAUCAGGUGUAUCAGUGAAUAUUAGAUGAAAUUAUGAUAUAGUUCAAUCAGUAAAAAUUGAUGACCUAAAAGGUUUAUUAGUGGCAUACCUUAUUCUUGGGAGAUUAGAAGAGAAAAUAGAUUAGGUAUGCUUUAUAGUUCAUCUUCAUUCAUUCUUUUUUUCUUUGUUUCUUUUUGGGCUCUAGAGAGGGUAUGCCACAGGCUCUGUUCAGUAAUGCUUGUAUUCAUUAAUGAUCUUAUUUUAUACAUAAUGUUAUACAAUUUAGUAUUUGUACCAAACAA